AUGAAUAGAUAAAUAUUAUUGAUUGCUCUGAUAUCAAUUUCAUUAUAAGCUUUGAGUGUCACAAACAAAUGUGAGUGCACAGAAUUGGUUUAAUAAGCAGAUUGUACAAGUGAUUGCACAUGGUCAACAACUGAUUCCACUUGUAAUGCUAAAACAAGUGAUUGCACAACAUUAACCUCAUAAUCAAGCUGUGAUUUAGUAAAUGGUUGUGCUUGGACUGAUUCUACUUCAAAAUGUGAUGCUUUCACAGCCUGUUCAAAUUAUAGUGUUACUGUUGCUGAUUAAUGUAAUUAAAAAGACUCAACUUGUGUUUCAGGAACAUCUAAUUCUGAUGGAACCAUUCCAUGUUAAACAGGAUCCAUAACAUGUUCAACUUUUACAAGUUCAACAGAUUGCAACUUUAAAGUACCAAACUCUACAUCUAAAUGUUACUAUACAAAUAAUUAAUGUUCAUCAAUUGAUGUUUCAAAAUGUUCAACAAUAACAGUCUAAGAAAUAUGUGAAUUUUUACCAUGUAAAUGGACUUCUUCUUCUAAUACAUGUGCUGCAUAAACUUGUUCUGAUUUGGCAUCUACUGCGAAUUGUAAAACAGUAAGUUUGGAUGAUUUCUCAGGUGUUAAUAUUUGUACUUGGUCAGGCUAAGCUUGUACUGAUGCUGUUGAUGUUACUGCUUUAUCAUCAACUAAUUGUUAUUCUUCUACAUCUGGAUAUUAUUAUUGGAAUGGAUCUGCUUGUACAGAAUGCUCAGGAUCUAGUAGCUAUUCUUAUGUUUUAGCCUUUAUUGGAUUUAUUAUGAUGGUUAUGUUUUGA